CUGCUCCUGCCACCUCAACUCUCCUCGUAGAACACUGCCGUCGCAACGUCAACUUGACCGACAAUGUCACAUCAGGAAGGUAAUGAAAAGACACCUUCGCUCGAGCAAUUGAGUACGUUGGACUUGAUCAAGCACAAACAAAGUGACGCUCGCGAACGCACAGUUCAACUCAAGCAUCUUGAGGGGCUGGUUAGCGCUGGGCGGCGCGACCUGAAUGCUCGCAUUGCGAUCAACCGUCUUCCUGCCGAAGUGCUCCGCGAGAUAUUCGUGACGACCUGCACUGUCAAGUUGGCUAAACGCGAAUUCUUUUUCUCAUACUAUCGAUGCAACCACAUAAUCACCGUCUGGAACCCAACUUGGAUUGACACGGGCAUAGCAGUCCGUCUCAUGCUCGUCUGCCAUCAUUGGAAAGAGAUCGCGUUGGGGAUCCAGGAGCUCUGGAAUUGCAUUGGAACAUAUUGGAAAGAUAAAGAUCAUAUCUUGCUGGAGAGGCCCGGGAGAGGCCCGCUCAAGGUGUUGGCUCGCGGCAAAUUGGAACCCUCUUGUGCUGUUGCACACGCUCUCCAAAAUGUGGAGCAUUCGUCCCGAAUCCAAGAGUUGUACUGGAUAUGGCCCUUAGCACGUGAGAACAGAGAAUGUCUUGGAAUGCCAGCACCCUCGCUGAGAUCUCUUGCGUUGCAAAACUGGAGUAUGCCAGAUGGAUCACUCAAACUCUUCGACAACCACACCCCGUGUCUGGAACGCCUGUCACUAUCAGAUGUGAAUUGGCUGCCCAGCAAUGCAUUCGCCAAACUGACAUUUUUGGCUCUCGACCAUUGCAAUGUACCUAAAGCUCCCAUCAGAUUACGCAGCUUGCUUGCUGGAACACCAACCCUAGUCGAUCUCAUCCUGCGAGAUGUGGCUGAUGUUCGCGGCCACAAGCAUGUCCGAGUAGAAAUUGAGCCUGCGGACAUGAAGCCUGUAUCGCUCGCUCGGUUGCGCCGGUUGCUGAUUGAAUAUAUGUGGGCCGAUGACAUCGAUUAUGCCUUCUGGGAUGCUCAGCUAAAUGAAGACGUGUCCGUCUCGAUCAAACGUGAAAAAAGGGACGAUGAUGAUCUGCGACUUUUAAAAUUGAUAUCCACUUGGUCGUUGAAUGCCCUGAGGCAACCCAAAGAACUGCGUUUCCAGCCGCACGUCGCCAUCGUCGCUGGAGCCUCUUCUGGUCUCCGUUUCGAGGUCGAUAAAAGCAUGACCCUCGAGGAUUGGACCACAUUCAACUGGCCACGGAUCCUUUCCCUUUCCAGCAUUUCUCAUCUGUGCACGCUUGAGCGGGUUGCAUGCAGGCCGCCCGGUCUUGAACGUGUCCGCAACCUUCUUAGGCAGAUGACCGCGCUUCAGACACUGUCUGUAAACAUUGAGGGCCUGACGAAGAUUGUCGAUGCACUCACGCUGUUCCGAGACCCCACCGACCCGCCUCUCUGUCCCGCAUUGACCACGCUGCGUAUCGCCAUCCCGGAUGAUAGUGAUUGUGACAUCAUCCUAGACUGGGUCCUCCCGCACCGUGCGCAGCUUGGCGUAAAACACCUUUAUGUCGGGCUGAUCGAUGAUGAUCCGAAUGAACGCUGGAGACCUCGCCAAGCCGUGGAGGACCAACUGCAUGGCAACUUCGAUUCGGUGAAUUUCGAGACGCUGUUGUAUUACGAGGCAUACGGCAUUACUUUGCCGCUGGUUUGCAAUGAGGAGGCGCAUGCUUUGUGGCCGCCCUGGCUUUAGAUGUUGUGUAGAUGAGAAAUGACAUGGAUUGCAGUGAGACCAAAC